AUGAGACGAUUGGAAUUUCAGGGAGGGAUCGUGAAAGUGUUCGGGAAGACGCCGUUGGUGACGCUGAAGAAGCUGACCGUGUAUCACCAUCACAGGGGGACGGGGAAUGGAAGUGGAGUGCCACCCGAGGUUGUGGUCCUGGGAACGGGAAGGCACACCGUCCAUGCACCCGUCGUCCGGCACCGCAUCCCUCUCGGCAAGAAGGUCCGAGAUCGGAAGAAGAAGAAGAAGACGUCACCAGCCACCACUCCUGGUGCUGCUGCCGAAAAGAUCAGGGAUAAGGUGGAGGAAGAGAAAGAGAAAGAGGAGGAGGAGAAGAAGGAAGAGAAAGGAAAGAAGAUGGAUGAAGGAGAACGGCGAGAAGGGAAGGGGGAUAAAGGGAAGGGAAAGGAGAAAGAAGUGGGAAACAAGGAGGAGAAAGAGAAGACUCGAAUCCGGUCGAGGAGCCUGAGUCCCACCAAGACUGGGACGGGGAGCCUAAGCCCCACCAAGACUGGGACGGGGAGCCUAAGCCCCACCAAGACUGGGACGAAGAAGCACUCUCAUCCUCCCCAAGCCUCAUCCGCCUCUCGUGGCCAUCGUCUCCACGUCCAUCCUCAUAGUCAGCAUGCUCACUAUCGUCGUCAUCCUCAUGGGCACCGUAGCCAUCCUAGAACUCGGACUCAGUUGCCCUCCACGAGCCGGAUGAAACGGAGCGUAAGCGAGGUGGCCCCAGAUCACAUCGCCAUCGACAUCGAGGAGCCCAAGAAGGAGGAGGAGAAGACGAUCACAACGCCGACGAAGACGAUGACGACGGCAACGAAGGCGAGGACGAGGGAGGGGAGACCAGAGGAGAAGAAGAGGAAGAAGAAAAAGAAGACAGUGAUACGUUACGAUAAUACUCCCAUGAACAGGGAACCCUACCGCCGUGAGAGUAGCGUCCCUGUGGAACUCCUUCAACCGGAUGUGGCUUGCCCCUCCCGGUCGCGUCUCAGCCUCGCAUCCUUGCAGGACUUUCCCAUCGCAUCCAGUGACCUGGAUUCCCUCAUCCACGAGGAUCCGGAGGUCAAACCCGGCUUCUUCAGGCCAAAGCGGAAAAAGACGGAGGAGAGGAAGGAA